AUGAUGCCCAACGUGACGACUGGCUUCUCUCUUUGCGCCAGUUUUGCUUUCCGUACGGCUGGAACUCACGGUGCCUUUCUCUCCACUGCACCUCCAGCUUUCAUUGAGAAUGCCAACGGCCGAGAGGCGGGCAGGUUGAGCGAGCCUUCGUCAUGGAGGCCGCAGAUCACCACCAUCACCGUCUCCAAGAAGCGCAACUGGCUGCAGCAGAGCUCCCAGGCCAGGAAUCACUGCGCCAGGGAGGAGAUGCUGGGAGCUGAGGAGGAGGGGGGCCCGUGCCCCUAUCAAACACCUCCUCCUCCCAGUCCCUCACCGGACCACCUCAGGCCCGCCGGGGGGGCUCCCACACGGCCAGUCCGCCUGCAGUUGCCUCAGGUCAGCAUUGGUCUGAUGAAGGUCUCCCCCCAUCCCCGGAGCAUGGACCCGGCCGAAGAGAACGACGCGGACGACGAGGGAGAGAUCUGGUACAACCCCAUCCCAGAGGACGACGAGCCGGAGCCUUCCCGCCGGCCCUCCGUCCGGCUGGCCGUCCCGCCUCGGCCGGAGCCUCAGAGGAGGCCCAGCCGAGCGGGGGUCGUGGGCCAGGCCGGCAGGCCCCGGGAAGGAUCCGGCGGAAGUGGGCCGGACGCCCCCGCGGAAAACCUCUGCGGCGGUUCGGCGGACGGGAGUCAGGGGAAUGCUGCACAUUCCACAGAGGCACCGCAUCUGCACAGACAAAUGCUGGCGUGCAAACCUCAGGAAGAGGCGGGCCCUUCCACGAGCAAACCGGCAGAUGGUUGUGACCUCCCCAAUGCUGUCCGCUUCUCCCCCCCCUCCAGCCCUAACCCCGCCAAGAAGAGCGGCUCCAUCAACUGGUCCUUCCCCGACAAGAUCAAGUCUCCACGCACCGUUCGGAAGAUCUCCAUGAAGAUGAAGAAGCUCCCCGAGCUCAGUCGGAAACUCAGCGUCAAAGGGACCCAGAGCCUCAACAGCAGCGGCGGUGGGGGGGGCCAGGCGGAGCCCAGGGCCCACUCCCCCCGGGUCAGCGGUGGUGGCGGUGACCCUCCGCUAGCUCCGUCGGGGGGGGGCGGGCAGGCCAGCCGUAACGUGAUUUCCCGCUACCACCUGGACAGCAGCGUGUCCACGCAGCACAGCUUCAACAAGAAGAAGAGCGCCGGCGGCUCCAAGUCGGCCAGCAAAGGCGGCUACCUCAGCGACGGCGACUCGCCGGAGCUGGUGGCCAAAUCCGGGAAGCACGGCUCGGCGGACGGGAAGGGGGCCAAGGGCAAGGACCCGGAGGGAGGGCCGGCGGGCUCCAGGCUCAACGGCACGGAGCUGGACAUCGACGCCUUCCGCCACUACAGCUUCACGGAGCAGCCCAAGUGCAGCCAGUACAUCUCCGGACUCAUGAGUCUCCAUUUCUACGGCGCCGAGGACCUCAAGCCCCCGCGCGUGGACUCCCGCGACGUGUACUGCGCCAUCCAGGUGGACUCGGUCAACAAGGCCCGGACCGCCCUCCUCACGUGUCGGACCAGCUUCCUGGACAUGGACCACACCUUCAACAUCGAGCUGGAGAACGCGCAGCACCUGAAGCUGGUGGUGUUCAGCUGGGAGCCCACGCCCAAGCGCACCCGCGUGUGCUGCCACGGCACCGUGCUGCUGCCCACGCUCUUCCGGGUCAUCCGCUCCCACCAGCUGGCCGUCAAGCUGGAGCCGCGCGGGCUCAUCUACGUCAAGCUGAGCCUGAUGGAGCAGUGGCAGAACUCGCUGGACGGCGGGCCGGACGCGGGGCGCGAGCCGCAGGUGUUCGGCGUGGAGGCGUGGCGCGUGGUGGAGCGGGAGGGCACGGGCAUGAUGGUCCCGCUGCUCAUCAACAAGUGCAUCAACGAGAUCGAGAAGAGGGGCUGCCAGGUGGUGGGACUCUACCGUUUGUGCGGCUCGGCGGCGGUAAAGAAGGAGCUGCGUGAGGCGUUCGAGAGAGACAGCCACGCCGUAGAGCUGUGUGAAAACACCUAUCCCGACAUCAACGUCAUCACAGGAGUUCUGAAAGACUACCUGCGCGAGCUGCCCUACCCUCUGAUCACCAAACAGCUCUACGAGGCAGUGCUGGAGUCCAUGGCCGUGCGGCCCCUGAAGAUCGGAGCAGCGGGAUGCGAGAAUGACCAGGCCGACUCGGAGCACACCGUCAGCCUGCUUGAGAAGCUGCCGGAGGUGGAGAGGAUGACUCUGCGGAGGCUUUUGGACCACUUGAAGCGGGUGGCAUCCUACCAGGAAGCGAACAAGAUGACGUGUCAGAACCUGGCGGUGUGCUUCGGCCCGGUGCUGCUCAGCCAGCGCCAGGAGGCGUCGUGCCACUCCAACCGCGUCUUCAUCGACUCCGAGGAGCUGGCCAGCGCGCUCCACUUCAAAAAGCACAUCGAAGUCCUUCACUACCUGCUGCAGCUCUGGCCAGUUGUGGACCAUCACGUCCAGUCUUCGGGUCAGACCCCCGCCGCCUGUGUGACUCCGGCCUCCUCCGAGCUGACGUCAGCUCCUCCCCUCCGCCGCAGAAAGGAGCGCCCCCAGGUCCUGAACCUGAGCGAGGCGGAGAUGGCGGGCGUUCUGCGGCCCAGGCCGGGGCGCCUGGACAGCCCCAGCAACCGCUACGCCGGGGACUGGAGCGGCGAGAGCUACUUCCCCUCCCAGUUCCUGCUGCCGCCCAGCCGAGAGGAGGCGGACUACGACGACGUGCCCUGUGAGGACCCGGACGCAGCCGAGGAGCUCCAGGAGGAGCGGGACAACGAACGGGAGGGAGACAAACCCGAGAGUGUCCCGGUUCCCGCGAGGGAUUCUGCCGAGCAGGAGGAGCCUCAGGGGGACGACGCGCUGAGGGAAGAAGAUCGGGGGGUGGACGAUGAUGAAGAGAGGGAGGGAGAAAAUGAGGGUUCAAACAAGAGGCAGUCUCUAGAAGAAGAAGAGGAGGAAGAGGAGAGGGUUUGUGAGCACAUCCUCCCGCCUCCCCUACCUAAAGAGCACACCUAUCAGGCCUACAUGAAGAUCCAGGACAUCAGCCCCGUGCUAAGCAACAGGGUCAACCUGCGAGACCUCCAGGAGAGCAUCGACACCCUGAUAGGAAACCUGGAGCGGGAGCUCAACAAGAACAAGCUCAACGUCGGAUACUGACUCCCCCGCUGUCGCACAGACUCCUGUAUCCCGUCUUUUCUCAGCCGGGUGCUUCUGAACACAGCCACAGCGCUCCCCAUGAGACCCCGCGACGUCGCCAUGGCAGCACAGCACGGGAAACAGGGCACUUCUGUAGUUUGUACCUUAUCCGCAGACAUUCCCAUGGUCGUUUUCUGCCUUUUUUUUGUUUUUUUUUUCGUCGGCUGUCUUACUUUAUGUUGUUGUUGAUUCGCUUCGGUUGCAUUCUGUGUUCCGUUUUGUUAUUGUUGCUUCUCUUCUUAUUAGAAGAACCAAUUGACCCCUUCGAGGGGUUUAAAAGGUGCCUUAAUUGUGUGAAGGUGGUACGUCAAGAGGAAAAUCCACCCUGAAAUAAAAUGCAUUGUCUCCUCUCACCUGGAAAAAAACAACAAGAGAACAUUUGGGAUAUUAUUAAGACCAAUGUUCAAUUACAAGCUUCCUGAUUUCUCAUAAGCAGGCCCAACAUUUUAAUAGUGUGGUGGUAAAAUAGAAAGUUUAGCCCACUUUUUGAAUGAAAAUGAACACACAAUACUGACACUUCUGCUCCGACUAAAUAAGAAUAUUGUGUUGGAGAGCUGCUGUAUUUUCUGAUCUGCUCUAAGCAGGUUGAAGUGUGACUAAAACAAACCAAGAUUGUUGGAGAAACAGGAGCAUUUUGUUUUAGGAUGGAUUUAUUAUUUAAGGCAGCAGAAAGCUUUUCUAUUGUGGUAUAAAAACACUAAAUAUCGUACAACAAUAAUGCACUUAUUAGGCAGGCGGUGUUUUAGAUUGUUGUGAUAGUCGAUGCAAUAACAAUUAUUCUGCUUGUGAUCUGAAUUAAGUGGUGAACAGCCACAUAUCCUCUCAAUGAAAGACAAGAUAAUUGUGCAAGUUUUUCUUAUUUAAUAUAUAGAUAAACUCUGUUAUCGCAGCAUGUUUGAUGUUGCAUGGCCAUCAAAGCAAAUUCACCUGAAAUUCAAAAUGAAUAUGGAAGCAAAUCGUGUCUGUUGAUAACUAUAAGCUAGAUUUGCUGGACAAUUAGCUUUACCCAGCGUUUCCUAGCCCAGCAUAAAGGGCUAAAUCUGGAGGAACAGUUCAUCUUGCACUGUCUUAAGAGUUUUUCUUUAAAUUCCCCCCCCUAAUUUUGUUUUGUACAUGGCUACAAUAAGCCUAUGUGGAUGAGGCAUUGGUCUUUUUUUCUUCUUUUUUUUAACUGCAGCAGAAGACAUAAGCUAAAGUCUCAAACGAAAAAACGAGUCGCCUUUCUGCUUUUCCCAACCUUCGCCUGCAUGAAAACAGUGAAAUAGACAAUGUGAAGCACAAUUGUGAGCAGUGAAAUUUAGUGGAGACCUCACCCAGUUAGUGGAACUUAACUAGCUGCCUAAAGCAACAAAGGAUGUUGUCAGCAAUCCAGGGAUUAAGGUUGAUCAGUAUUUAACCUAUUUGUAUGUGUAUAUAAUUAUAUAAAUGUAUUCGGAGUAUAUUAUUUUUACAACUUAUAUUGCAAUACCGUAUUUAAAUACUUCCAAUGACCUCAUAGAGUUGACCUGUAGCAAUAGUUGCUUAUCUCCCUUUGAGCUACCUGUAUGCAUCUUAAUGUGCUGAACUAAUGGUACAAAAUUUAGCUGUAAAAUAUACGAUAAAAAUGUGCCCUUGCAGAGAAAAGUGAUAUUGUUAUUUUUGUUAUAUUGUGUAUAUAUUUGACAGUGUUUUGUGUCUCUGGUGGACUAAGCUGUGUUCAUGACUUUUGGUGUUUAUUUUUUAAAGGUACUGAACGUUGCAUGGUCAAAAGCUUUACUGAAAAACAAGGCCUUUCUCAUCUGCCUUUGUGUUUCCUAUUUAUGUGUAAAAUAAGACUAUUUUGUAAUGUAUGCUCAUUUGUUCAAACCUCUGUUCCUUCGAUAAACACAUGACUACAUUGUUGAAGUUUUCUUCCAAAGGACCCAGACGAAGAUAGUUAUUUUCUCUAGAAAAUGUACAUGACAGAGUAAAAGCAGUAGUCCUUUUUCCAGAUCCCAAAUAUUGUGACUCUCCAGGUGGUAUCUUAAAUCUAUAAAUCGAUUAAAUUGUUGAACAGAAAAUGGACAAAUUGGAUAUUUACAUGUUUUGAUUUAAGUGUAAUAUUAGAAACAUUAGAAACCAUUAAAAUCCCCAAUUGUUUUCAUAACAAAAAUUAGUCAGGAAAGAAAGACUGCACUUCUUUACAUUUGUAAUUUGUCCUUUUCAUUCAUAGAAGUGAAAGAGAAUAACCUUUCCAAUGGCUAUGUUUUAUGUUGUUUUUUUUAAUCUGUUGAUCCAUGUGGUGCUUGUGCAGCUUUGUGGUGAAGCUGUAGCUGCUGCUGAGUUGCAGCAGGGUUUCUUUCAAACCAUCUGUCUACACAGACAGCACAAAGAACUGGAGCCUCCUUUAAUGGAGCCUUUGUUGAGGAUCAGUAAAUUAUCUCAAAGAACAACUUCUGCUCCUCAGCAUACAUGUAUACCUUUGUCCUUUUUUAUGAGGGAUUGUACUUUAAAGCUGAUCAGCAUCCUCACCUCCAAAGAUCCAGUUUUCUGAAGAGGCUGCUUGUUAUUUAAAAGAUAUUCUGAAACCUGAGGUCUUCAUCCUGAAUGUCCUUUUACAUUUUUUUUUAUGUUACUGAUGCAAUAAAAAAAGCCUUUUUUUAGUAAUUGAUCAUGACAGAUGUAGUGUUUGCUUUGUGACAGCGUACUCCAGCAGAAGUCUGCUUUGUCUUUGGUGAAUUAUAGAUUUGGAUAAUCCAAAUUAUUUCUGUCUGUUCCUCUUUGUCCUUUGGAAGAAAAAGUGCCACGUUGAAAUCAUUGCGAAACGAAACAGAGAAGUGCUUUGUAUUGAUCCUGAAAAAUGUAUGGUCAUAAUAAAGUAUAUUAUUUUACAUUCAUGUGAGUCUGCUUUCAUUUUGUGUUUUCCAGGCAUGUG